AUGUUAAAGCUAGCUAACACAUUUAUCUCGCCCUUAUCAAGGAAUAGUGUCGUUUCCUUAAGAAUAGCUUCCACAUCCAAACGAUAUCAGUCUUCAUUUACAUUUUUAAACAACCACUCGUUAUUGUCCAAAAGUCAGAUGAAAUCUAAAAGGAAAAAGGGUAGUAAAAAGGCGGCGUAUCAUCGCCAACCCCCAGAGCACGAAUGCAAUACACCACUUAUAGAGCAAAGCGAAGCAAUAUCCAAAACAGAUUCUACCAAUAUAAGGGCUUCGCAUUCAAGAAAGAAAAGACGCGAUUUUUCGUGGCUUCCAAGAGUUCCAUCCACCUCACACCUAAAGCAUAGUGACAUGACCACAAACGUACUCUAUUCUGGAUACAGACCCAUAUUUAUUAAUCCUAAUGACCCAAAGCUAAAAGAAGAUACCGGAAGUACAUUGUACGAGUUUGCCAUGAAGCUAGACGAUUUAAAUGAACCUCUGUCCCCAUGGAUAUCCUCCGCCACUGGACUUGAAUUCUUUUCAGAAUGGGAGAACAUACCUAGUGAGCUGCUGAAAAAUUUGAAACCUUUCCAUCCACCUGGCGAAAAAGCAAUGGACGUUAAUGAACUAACGAGUGUAGCUGCUAAAGGUAAUACGGCAAACAGCAAUGAGAAUAACGAGACUUUUCAGAAGAAAAUGGACGAGGUUUUAAAAAGAAGAGGUAAAGGAAGAAAAAAACCAGUGGUGACAUUACUACAAAUGAAAAAAAAAAUGGAAGGAUGA